AUGAUUCUGGCACUGUGUUGUCAUGACAAGGCUGCCCAGGGUUACUUCGACAGCCAACAGAUGGAGGACGAAUGGUGGAGGGGCUUGAAGGCUCAGGGGGCGACCGUGGCACACCGCAAGGGGAACCUGUGUUUCCUCUGGGCUGCUGGAGAAAGGGAGGUUAUCCUCCAAACAGCCAGUGUCCCUGUACAGACGGAGGGUAUCCUCCAAACAGCCAGUGUCCCUGCACAGAGGGAGGGUAUCCUCCAAACAGUCAGUGUCCCUGUACAGAGGGAGGGUAUCCUCCCAACAGCCAGUGUCCCUGUACAGACGGAGGGGAUCCUCCAAACAGCCAGUGUCCCUGCACAGAGGGAGGGGAUUCUCUCAGCAGCUAGCAUCACUGCGCAGUGGGAGGAGAUCUUCCGAGCAUCAGGCCUCAUCCCUGCACAGAGGGAGGGGAUACUCCAAACAGCCAGUGUCACUGCACAGAGGGAGGAGGUCCUCCGAGCAUCAGGCCUCAUUCCGACACAGAGGGAGGGGGUUCUCUCAGCACCUAGCAUCAUUGCUCAGAGGGAGGAGAUGUUCCGAGCAUCAGGCCUCAUCCCGUCACAGAGGGAUGGGAUUCUUCCAGCAUCUUCUAUCACUGCGCAGAAGAAGAAGAUCCUCAGAGCAUCAGGCCUCAUCCUUGCACAAAAGGAGUUGAUCCUCCUGAUGGCCUGUGUCACUGCGCAGAGGAAGGGAAUCGUCCCAAUGGCCAGCGUCCCUGCGCACAGGGAGGGGAUUGUCCCAAAGGCUAGUAUCUCUGCUGAGAGGAAUGGGAUCCUCCAAACAGCCAGUAUACCUGCACAGAGCGAGGGGGUUCUCCCAGCAGCUAGCAUCACUGUGCAGAGGGAGGAGAUCCUCCGAGCAUCAGGUCUCAUCCCGUCACAGAGGGAGGGUAUCCUCCAAACAGCCAGUGUCCCUGCACAGAGGGAGGUUAUCCUCCCAACAGCCAGUGUCCCUGCACAGAGGGAGGGGAUCCUCCAAACAGCCAGUGUCCCUGUACAGACGGAGGGGAUCCUCCAAACAGCCAGUGUCCCUGUACAGACGGAGGGGAUCCUCCAAACAGCCAGUGUCCCUGUACAGAGGGAGGGUAUCCUCCAAACAGCCAGUGUCCCUGUACAGAGGGAGGGUAUCCUCCAAACAGCCAGUGUCCCUGUACAGAGGGAGGGGAUUCUCUCAGCAGCUAGCAUCACUGCACAGAGGGAGGAGAUCCUCCGAGCAUCAGGCCUCAUCCCUGCACAGAAGGAGGGUAUCCUCCAAACAGCCAGUGUCCCUGUACAGAGGGAGGGGAUUCUCUCAGCAGCUAGCAUCACUGCACAGAGGGAGGAGAUCCUCCGAGCAUCAGGCCUCAUCCCGACACAGAGGGAGGGUAUCCUCCAAACAACCAGUGUCCCUGCACAGAGGGAGGGGAUCCUCCAAACAGCCAGUGUCCCUGCACAGAGGGAGGGGAUCCUCCAAACAGCCAGUGUCCCUGUACAGACGGAGGGGAUCCUCCAAACAGCCAGUGUCCCUGCACAGAGGGAGGGGGUUCUCCCAGCAGCUAUAAUCAUUGCACAGAGGGAGGAGAUCCUCCGAGCAUCAGGCCUCAUCCCGACACAGAGGGAGGGGGUUCUCUCAGCACCUAGCAUCAUUGCUCAGAGGGAGGAGAUGUUCCGAGCAUCAGGCCUCAUCCCGUCACAGAGGGAAGGGAUUCUUCCAGCAUCUUCUAUCACUGCGCAGAAGAAGAAGAUCCUCAGAGCAUCAGGCCUCAUCCUUGCACAAAAGGAGUUGAUCCUCCUGAUGGCCAGUGUCACUGCGCAGAGGAAGGGAAUCGUCCCAAUGGCCAGCGUCCCUGCGCACAGAGAGGGGAUUGUCCCAAAGGCAAGUGUCUCUGCUGAGAUGGAGGGGAUCUUCCAAACAGCCAGUGUACCUGCACAGAGGGAGGGGGUUCUCCCAGCAGCUAGCAUCACUGUGCAGAGGGAGGAGAUCCUCCGAGCAUCAGGCCUCAUCCCUGCACAGAGGGAGAGGAUCCUCCAAACAGCCAGUGUCCCUGUACAGAGGGAGGGGAUUCUCUCAGCAGCUAGCAUCACUGCGCAGAGGGAGGAGAUCCUCUGAGCAUCAGGCCUCAUCCCUGCACAGAGGGAGUUGAUCCUCCAGAAGACCAGCGUCCCUGCGCACAGGGAGUGGAUCGUCCCAAAGGCUAGUGUCCCUGCAGAGAGGGAGGAGAUCUUCCUCACAACCAGUGUCCCUGUGAAGAAUGGACACAAUCAUCCACAACCACCUCCCAUCAUCCCCAUGGUGGCACCACUGUGGAAAUGGGAUGGUGGAGCGUGUACUCCACCUGUGGAUUUCUAUUCCAAGAGAAGAGAUGUCCGACUUAGAUAUGUUGAGCAUCCUGCUAUGAUGUCCAUCACCAAGCCGGAACACUCCGAGGCCACUUCUCAGUGCCAGACUGGCAGCCGUCCGGUGGCUGAGCCCGAGACCCCUGCUGUUCACAAUAACAGUGGAGGCUGGCUCAGCUGGGUUUUUGGGAGGGGAAGAUUUAAUAAGAAGGAGGUUCAUCUACCUGAGGACAAAGACAGAUCUGUAAGGAACUGGUUCUUAACACUAUAUUCUAUGUAGAGACAAUUGAGUGGAUAAUUUUUUUUAUUGUGGCUUGCUUCACAUUGCUAACAUCUUCU